AUGACGUUGGGACGAAGGAUUGCUCGGCGAUUUGGCCAUUCGCUCUCCCCCGAGAAGCCCUACCUGAGCUACUACGACGUUCUCCUGACGCUCGAAGACGUCAAGUCGCUCAAGAACGACUGGCUGACGGACAACAACAUCGCCUUCUGGGAGGAGUACCUGGAGCACGAGACGCUGCCGCGUUUCCCGCAGGCGCGCAUCGUCCUGCUCCGGCCAAGCAUGACGUUCCUCCUGAUGCGCGAGUCGGACCAGCGGCUGAUCCGGUCCGCCCUGCCCGACUUCUCCAAGACGACGCACAUCUUCCUGCCCAUCAACGACAACCGCAACGUCAGCAUGGCCGAGGGCGGCAGCCACUGGUCCCUGCUGGUCGUCUCCGCCCUCGACGGCCGCGCCUUCCACUACGACUCGAUGGGCGGCGCCAACACGAGCGAGGCCAAGCUGGCCACGGCCCGCAUGCAGAACGUCCUCAGGCGCAGGCUCGAGUUCGAGAACCUCCGCGACACGCCCCAGCAGGAGAACGGGAGCGACUGCGGCGUCUUCGUCUGCAUCAUCAUGCGACACCUGCUCGUCAAGAGGCUGCUGAGCGCGAACGCGAGGGAGAAGGUGUCGAUGAGCAUGGGGGGGAAGAUGGUCGAUAGUAGAGGCGGUCGUAAGGAGAUGCUCUCCAUCAUCGAAAAUCUGCGUGUCGAGGGUGAACGUCGUCGGUCCCCAUACUCGUCCAAGACGCCGCCGCGGAUCGAGUAG